UGAACUUUGAAACACUGAGACUCUGCCUCUUCUUCAACAUAAGACAAAGACGUUAUUGUAUCUCAUACUGGCCAUAAAAAGUGUGACCGGGAGCCCCGAUUUGAUAACAUAAUGCAGCAUUGCAAAUCUCAUCAGAGGAACCGCUGUUAACUACACACAUAACCAAGCUGCUCUGAAGAGCAGAGCAAACUUCACUAAAACGAUCAAGAUUUUGAUGGGUGAGUAGUACGCUUGCAACGUUCUCCUUGGAUUUCAGAUUUCAUCUGCUUGCUCGCGUCAUUUUCAGCUAUGAGGUUUGAGGAGAUCUUAGAUGAAGUUGGUGGCUUCAACAAGUUCCAGUUUUUGGUUCUGUUCAUUCUAUGGCUCCCACGGGUCCUCCUUCCACUGCACUUCUUGCUUCACAAUUUCAUCUCAGGUGUGCCACCACACCAUUGUGCUCUGCCCUACACUGAGGACAGCUAUGCAGGUGGUGCAAAAAAGGACAAUCCUGCAGUCUCACGGAUUCUGGCUCUUGGCAUCCCACUUAAUACAGAUGGCUCUUAUAGCUCGUGCAAGAUGUAUCCUCUUCCCAUGAACUUUGACCCUGAUGGUGACCUAACCCAACUGUUUGGCAAUCUAUCAAAUGUGUCGGUACCAUGCCAGCAUGGAUGGGUGUAUGACCGUUCACAGUUCACCUCAACAACUGCCAGUGAAUGGGAUUUGGUUUGCGAAAACAAAAACCUAAACCAAGCACUCGCCACGUUUUUCUUUCUUGGAGUGACUAUUGGUGCUGUCAUUUUUGGCCAGUUGGCAGAUAAGUUUGGACGUAGGCCAAUAAUUCAGGUGUCCUUUGUGGCCAGUACGAUUUUUGGAACUUUGUCAGCUUUUUCUACGUCUUAUGUAAUGUUUGCCAUAACAAGAACCUUGUGUGGAGUGAGCCUGACAGGGAUGAUUUUUACCACAACAGCCCUGUGUAUUGAGUGGACAGAUGUCAAACAUCGUACUUUUACGGGUACCAUCAUUAGUCUGGGGUGGAGUGUUGGGAAUAUGUUACUGGCUCUUCUGGCAUACCUCAUCAGAGACUGGAGACAUCUCAUCCUGGUGGUGACAUCACCUUGCAUUCUUGGCAUCAUUGCCUGGUGGUGGAUUCCUGAGUCUGCAAGGUGGUUGCUGGCCAAUGGCAAGGUAGAGGAGGCGCAGAAGUAUCUGAUUAAGUGUGCUAAGAUGAAUGGGAAGUACGGUUACAUUGAAAAACUGGACACUGCGACCUUAAAGAAGGUAACCAUUCCUGAGGACACCAACAAGACCCAUUCCUACCUCGAUCUAGUGAAGACACCAAAUCUGAGGAAAAUUGUCAUAUGUUCUGGAAUAUUUUGGUUUGCCGUUGCUUUUACUUACUAUGGCAUCAGCUUCAACAUCACUGGAUUUGGUCUAAACAUUUAUCUCACACAGUUUGUUUAUGGAGUCAUUGAAAUUCCAGCUAAAGUUGGGACAUACCUUGUUUUGGAUCGGAUUGGAAGGAGAAAUGGACAGGCGUGGUCCCUCAUUAUAACAGGAUCUCUGAUUGGAGUAAACAGUGUCAUUCCAACCAAUUUAUCUGCUGUGCGUACAGGAAUAGCAAUUGUUGGGAAGGGGUUUUCUGAGGUGUCCUUUACCAUUGCCUACUUAUAUACAUCUGAGCUCUACCCUACUGUACUACGGCAGUGCGGCCUGGGCUACACCUCCUUUAUAGCCCGUUUAGGAAGUUCCUUGGCCCCCAUGUUCAUGUUAUUACAGGAUUUGUGGCAGUUUGCUCCCUCUGUAGUAUUCGCUAGCAAUGCGGUUCUCAGUGGGUGCGUGGUCUUCCUGCUGCCCGAGACCACAAAUGUUGAUCUUCCAGAACAUGUUCGGGAUGUGGAAGAUGGGAGGCACACACUGGUGUCCACGUCACCGACAGAGGUUGAGCUCAAUGCGAUGAAUGAAGAACCUGUCGUUUCAGAAGAGGAGACCUCAUAAAGGCUUUAACAAUCAUAUCAUAAAAUUAAUGACAGCUUACAGUUCAAUGGCCUUCAUGGAAAGAUAGCUAUGAAUGAAUUACAUUCAAUGCGAGAUGGGUUUGCCCCACAGGGGAUUAAACCCUUAUGUGCAAUUGGACUAAUUUGCAUAUUCAAUUCAAUUUUAUUUAUAAAGUGCUUUUCACAAUUGUUUAAUUGUUUCAAAGCAGCUUUACAUUAAUAAAAGCAGGAAAAAACUAAAUAUAUAACAAUAAAAUAUAUAAAAGGUUUGUCAUACAAAGUUUAUUUAUGGAUAACAAUACCUGCUUCUCUAAGUGGUCACUAUUGUUGGUAAAAGUGAGGUUUUACAAAAAAAUGACAAUAAUUUGUUAUAUCAGUUACUAUAAGAUGGUGUUUUUUUGUAUUUUCUGUCCUAUAGAAAUAGAAGCCUAUUAUUGGACAUAUUUUUAUUAUUCUUGUAUAUUAUGCAUGUAUUAAUGUAAUGAAAGCAAUGUUUUUAAUAAUGUAUUUUAUAUUAUAUUUCAGAGUACAUUGCAUGAGAAAAAACUUUUUUAGUUGAUACUUUGACAUACCCUUUUUAAAAAUAAUACUGUACUCAUAUUUAAUUUAGAAAAAAAUAAGCAUUUUACGGGACAUAGCCUAUUUGUAUUAUUCUUGUAUACCGUAUACAUGCAUUAUUGUAAUGAAAGCAAUGUUAUUAAAUAAUGUAUUUUAUAUUGUAUUAUGGAGUACAUGAGAAAACAUGAUAUUUUUAGGUUGAUAUUUAGACAUUACGACAUUAGAUAUUUAUGUAUACAUAUAAUUUAUUUGAAUAUAAUUUCUAGUAUUUAGGUAAUGGACACGAAAAUCAAAUGAUACCAGGAUUCCAAUAAAUAUACCUUA